AUGCCGUCGGCGACACCCAAAUCGUUGAACGGUUGGUGGUGCGAUGCGUCGACGGAAUACGCCUUCGUCGGCUUCAGCUACGAGGUCACUGCCUGCCAGAGCUUGAAAGAGCUUACGGCAGAGUUCCUGGACAUCCGGCAUCGUUUCAAUGGGCGUUACGUGCGAUUAUAUGGCGCCUGCGAUCGCGCUGGAUUCUACGACGAUAUCGUCAGCGCCGCCUGGACCGCCGGCGUCGGCGUGCAUGCCCUCAUAUGGUUCGGGUUUGACGGGUCGGAUAUAUGGGAGACACGCCGGGACACGCUGCUCGGCGCCCUCCACUCAAAUCCGAGGGCGAAGUACGUGACCCGGGUGCUACAAUUCGGGUCCGAGCCGCUGUUCGACAACGUCCUGCCGCACGUGCAGCUCGCGGAGCAGGUGCAGCUCGCGAAGGCGAACCUAUCGUCGCUCGGAAUCCCCGUCACCGUAUCCGAAUUGGCGUACGGGUACCAGGAGCGAGGCGGGGCGCAGGACGUGUUGGACGCGAUCGACUCGAUCAAUAUCCACAUGUUGCCGUUCUUCGCGCAGACCGCGUCCACAGCGAAUAACUCGUGGCCGCUAGUCCUCAACGACUUGGAUUGGUUCAUCGAGCACGGGAAGGGUAAGAAGAUGUACUUCGACGAGAACGGCUGGCCCUCCGUGACCUCGCCCAGUGUGCAACCUAACAGUCCUCUGGCCGUUUCGAACGUUCAGAAUGAACAUGAUUACUACGUCCUCUUGGACAAACACUGCGAAUAUCUGAAGGGCGUCGUCGGAGGCGGUAUAGGCUGGUUCGCCCACAUUUAUUCUGACGACAUGGAGCCCGGCUACGGGAUCUACGACGAUUCGGGGAAACUGAAGUUCCCGUUUGCACCCCGGACACAUUGCUAA